AUGAUGAUGAGAUCUUUCCAAAGGUUUUUAUCGAGGAGAAAUCUAGAAAAUGCAGAGAAGAGACUGAAUUUGAUUUUUAAUUUAUUUCCACAUGGUAUAUUAAUUAUUUCAGAAAGAAAUGAAAUUUUAUAUUCAAAUGAAAAUUUAUUAAGGCUUUUGAACUGUGAGCUCGCCCAACUUAUACCGACUAUUUCAGAUCUCCAAUAUUGCCAAGGAAGAAAGCAAUCUGAGCUGUCGCCUUCAAAUAAAAUUAUUGAGCAUGUAAAAAUAAUCCUCUCUUUGGAAUUGAAUCAGCAAAUAAGCUUAGGGGUAAGCAAAUGUGGGGCAACGUAUUUAGAAUGAAGGGCACAAAAAGUGCUAUGAGGAGAGCAGAAUGGGAUACUUUUAACUGUCAGUAAUGUGAAUCACAUUAUUCAGCUUGAAAAGACAACAUCUGAUAAUAAAUUGAAAAAUGUCCUUUUACGCUCUGUUUCUCAUGAGCUUAUCCCAUUUUAAAAGCAAAAACAUUUGAAAAAUAACUAAAUUUCAGAAAAUAUUUUUUAAUAUAAAAACUAAAGGUUAUUUUAUUAAAUUCUAAUCUGCUUGCAUAAAUGAAUAAAUUAAAUCUGCAUGAUCAAAUAAUAAUAUAUUCUAAGAGCUAGAACUCCGAUAAAUUCAAUAAAAUCAUUAGCUGAAUCUUUAAAAAAUGAUCCUGAGAUUUCACCUUUCCAUCCUUGGAAAGAAAAAUUAAAUAUAAUUUCGGUUUCAACAAACCAUCUCCUAUCUCUUAUUAAUGACUUACUUGACUAUUCCAAAGUCCUUGUUGGUAUGUUUUCAAUUCAGAAAUCAAAUUUUGCUUUAUGGAAUAGUAUUUAUGAAGUCAUUCAGCUCAUCAAAAUUCAAGCAACGAAAAAAGGUUUACAAAUUUUCACCCGAAUUGAUCCUCAAUUACCUUAGACUUACACUUAUUUAGAUUAUAGAAAAGCUCUCUGUGGGUCUCCGAAGAUCCUUAUUCCCUUCUAUAACGCUCCACUUAUCUGCUUCGCUGACAAUCGUCUUAUGACCUUCAAAGUCUUAUGCCUAAUAGACAUGGCCUGCACACGCUCCCUGAUAAUCGGAAAGUUUUAUCACCGUGCUGUGCGCCAGCGGGGUUUGGCUUCUAGAAAAUUCGAAAAAGAAAAUUUUCUGGUCAUCUGCCAGUUAAGAUGAAAAUUCGUAGUUCAGGGCGCAACGCCUGGUAUCGACUGCAGAACGUUCCCUAUCGGCCAGGAGGAACCUAACUGGUAUUGCUGGGGCACCCUUACCAACUCAGAACUCCAUCUUCCUCUGAGGUAAAACCUUGACUUGGAUGUGAGCCUGCAGUCCUCAAACUCGGACAUUGUGUUACAAAACCAAGUAAAUGCUAGCCGGAUACACAUGUCGAAUACCAAAACUUCCUUCCACAAGGUCCCUGGGUCUCCCCAGCUACAGGUUGGGUUGGUUCACCACAUCAUUUUAUGUAUGCUUGGACCCCUCAAUUACCAAUAAAUGUACACACAGACCCACUGAGACUUAGCCAAGUUUUAUUGAAUUUGCUAACUUCCCCCCGUCCUUGAGCAAACAAAAAAUUUAUUCGCUCACUUAGGGGGUUAAUUUUUUUUAAAAAUAAAAAAUCCAAUUUGUAAAAAUUGAUAAUUAAAAAUAAUUUAAUUUUUAAAAUUUAUUUUUUAAAUGCAAGCUGUUUAAAAUAAACAGAAUUAGCCAGAGAUUUCAUUAUAAUAGUUAUCACUUAUAUAUCUACUAAAAAAAUUUUGCUUGCGUAAGGAGGGCGGGCUUUUACCCAAAAAAUAGGGAUGUUUUCAAUGGUUUUGUUUUCUCAUGGAGGGAGUAAGCAAUGCUCUAAAAUUUACAUUAAAAGGAUCAAUUGAAAUCCGCUGUAUGUUAAAUGAAAAAAAUCAGUUAAAAAUUACGGUUAAAGACACUGGAAUUGGGAUUUCAGAAGAAAAAAUGAAAAAUUUAUUUAAAGAAUUUGGCACAUAUUUAGACAAAGAUUUAAAUCCUGUUGGAUGUGGGCUUGGGCUAUGAAUAUCAAAUAUUAUAGCUCAAGAGUUAGGAUCUUCUAUUGAAGUUAAGUCUAAAGUUUAUAAAGGAUCAAGCUUUAGCUUUUGUGUAAAUAUUUUUGAUCAAAACACACAAGGUCACUUGCUGUUCGAAAAUGAAACCAUAUGUGAAAUUCCGAAAGAAAAUAAACUCAACUUAACUAUAAGCAAUUUUGAUAGACUUUUACAAGAAGAAAACACACAAGUUUUAAUUGUAGAUGACAAUGAUUUUAAUAGAUUAGCUCUUGGAUCAUUACUUUCAAGCUAUAAAAUUUUAUUUAAUGAGGCUUGUACAGGAAAGGAAGCUAUUACAAAAGUAUUAGAGAUGAAUAAAAAGAGGAAAUCUUAUAAGUUUAAGUUUAAUGAAUUUCUCUUGCACUUUUAGUGUCUUCUAAGUCCUUAAUUGAGGUUCAGUUACGAUAACAGCUAACUCUGAACAAUGGUAGUUGAACCGACUUAGCCGUCAAACCGUUUAAGUUAUCGAGCCCUUAUAGACCUCUCUAGUCUGUGCCAGCCUCAGCACAGACCACUUCUCUUCAAGCUCUCAAGAAUCUUGACUUCUCUCACUGAGUUCGGUUUAUGGGUCCGGCCUGGUGGAUCAGGACUAUGGACCCAUCCCUAACCGCCAUUUUAAAUAUUUGAAAUCUUGUAAGUUAAUUAUUAUGGACGGAAGCAUGCCUGAGCUAAAUGGUUGGGAGGCAGCAAAAAAUAUUUUAGGUUUAUAUUCUAGUGGAAAAAUUGAUAAUUUACCAGUAAUCAUUGGAUAUACAGCUUUUACAUCAGAUGCAGAGCUAUCACUUUGUAUAGAGUCAGGCAUGAAAGAAUGCAUUAUAAAACCGUGUAAUUCUGAAAUUUUGAUAAAUAAAAUAACUAACUAUUUAUCCAUAUAA